CCUGUGGUUCAUCAGAGCGGAACUCUUGUCUACGGCAGUAUUUUCCACAGCGACAGAUAUCUGAGUAACUCCUUCCGCUCCUGUUACAGCCUGUUUCCUCGCACAGCAACUGAGCUAACAACUGAGCACUGUUAAAGCGUCCGUUUAUUUACUUUUCUCACAUCUUUCUCUGGUUUUUUUUUUUUUUAACCAUAGAAACACAGAUUUUUCUAACUGAAGAUGACAGACCGCUACAACAUCCACAGUCAGCUGGAGCAUCUGCAGUCGAAGUACAUCGGCACGGGCCACGCAGACACUAGCAAAUGGGAAUGGCUAGUUAACCAGCACAGAGACUCAUACUGCUCCUACAUGGGCCAUUUCGACCUUCUCAAUUACUUUGCCAUCGCUGAGAAUGAGAGCAAGGCUCGUGUCCGCUUUAACCUGAUGGAGAAGAUGCUGCAACCAUGUGGUCCACCAGCCGACAAACCUGAAGAUGCUUAGGGCUUGCGACUGAAUCCCUACUCGAUGUUUUAUAAGGCUCUGCUUUUGAUGUGUUCAUUGAGCGAUGCGCUGAGAGAUCAGAGAGAGAGAGAGAGACCCUGGACACAUGGGGGUUGUGGGUGCUCUUUAAAUCAUCUUGUUUGAGAACCAGCAAAUGUUUUUUUUUUUUUUUCUUUUUUUUUUUUAAUGCUGAUAUUUUUUUUUUUUUGUGAUAUUUUGUAUAGGUUGUUGAACUGAAAGUGUAUUAAGAAAAUAAAGUUGAUACCCUAACACA